GGGAUGGGUCCUGAGAUGCGCGACGGGCCCUCGCACAUGAUCCUACUGCGGCCCUGCAACUGUGCACCAGGGCCUGUUGCGCUGCGCAGCUCCCUCCUCUAAUCCCUGUCGGGUGCUUCCACCCUCCACCCGAGCCCAGCAGCCCCGCGGUAGCCCCCAUCACCGAGCCCCACCCCUCGACUACCGUCGGUCUCUAGGCUCAGACUGUACCACCGCCCCGCGACUAGCCCACUGCCCGGAGGGCUUCGCGGCCCCUCCCCCGCAAAACCCCAGCGUGGGCUCUCACUAGAGCAGUUUUACCGCCAACUGUUGCCAGCCGGUAGGAGUUGCUGUUGCUUGGCAACAAAUGGCUUCCUGAGGUCGGGGGUCAAAUGUCUAAGGCGAAAAGCCUUCUGGGGUUUGUAGUUCCAUAUGAGGAGCGAUUCUAAGUCUCGGGUCUCAACAGGAGGAUCCUUACCUCUCUCAGCCUGUCUCCCCUACCAACACUGAGCACCAGUCCAGGCCCUGAGCGGGGCCUGCGGUCUUCUCCUAGCAACCGUCGAGGGAUGCACUGAUUCCUCAUAGCCAUGGCCUCAGCAGGGGCCAAGAGGCAGCCAGAAGCCCAGAAUGGGGUGGCAGUAGGGUUAGCCCAGGUUGCAGAGAUCCUUGAGGGUCCUGGAACAGAAGAGUGUCUGGUGCCAGCACAUGAGACCUGCAGAGCCCCAGGUGAAGACAAGUGUCCAGUAGGGCACAGCGUAGAGCCAGAGCUCCAGGAGGAAGGAAUAAACCCGGGAGAGGAAGGGCUCAACCCAGGGGUGGAAGCAGGAGAGGAGAGAGAACCCAAGCCUACAUCAUCCAUUGUGAAACAAGCUCAUGGGCCCAAGAGAAAGCCUCUUGUCCCAGGCUUGGGUACCACAGUCUUCCCAGGGCCAAGCAACCAUGGCCAUGCCAGGGCAGAAGUUGAACUGCUGCAGCAGAAGGAGGAGCCAGAAGGCAGCCACAGCGAAUCCUCACUGUUAUCGAAACAGCACAAAAAAGCCAAGAAACGCAAGAGCGUAGGGACUCCUACGGCCCCAGCUGUGGCCAGCGCAUCUGCACCCGCAGAGACCUUGGGCUUAGAGCCCUUUGCUCUGCCUUGGGUUCUUGCAGGAAAAGCCCAGCGCCUGCGGCCACUGUACCAGUACAUCAACUAUUGCAACCCAGAGCUGAAUCAGGUGGGGGAUGGGGACAGGGAGCCGGAGGUAGAGCCUGAGGCAGAGUUAGCCCUGGUUCCUGAGGAGGCGGAACAGCUGCAGCUGCAGACCUUGCUGCCCAUGGCAGGUGAGCUGGGCUUAGGCCUUGCUUUGCCCUGCCCUAAUCCAUUAGUGCCACUGACCCAUAAUCUUCCUCCUCUGGUAGAGGAGGUUGGAGAGGAGCCUGGGGGUCUGUCUAAUCUAAGGGUGUGUGGCAGCCUCAAGGCUGAGGUGGAUAAGACCACCCAAGUGGAUAUCGACAAGAUGUUGAGUGUCUGUGCUGCCCCUCUUGUGCCCCCUCUCUCCCCUCAGUACAAGUGACCAUCUACCCAUAGAGAAUGCCCCUGGUCUAGGCCUAAACCACUGCUCUAAGUCCAUCCACCUAAGCCAUCAGGUAGAGGAAGGACUUUGGUCUUUGUCUGUACUUGAGAACUUGUGCUCACUGAAAAUAAACAUUU